GCCGGACCUCCUUCUCAAUGAAGCCAUGGUCACUAAACCAUUUCAAUGUUGGAACCCACUGCCGCUGGGUGUUUUCAUGUCACCUACUUCUCUAGUCUAUUCAACAUGUCCUGUGGCUUCUCAAUCAGGAAACAAAUCGAAACUCAAAUCAUCUUAUCCAUCUCUUAAACCUAAAUAUCUACAAAGUCCAUGGCUUGGCAUCAGUCUUUUUCUUCGAUCAUCAAAUCCCAACUUGACUUCCAAAAUCGCUACCUGAGCCUUUCCACCUUGGUGUUUAGCCUUCCAAGGCUAACGAUCGUGUUGCUUCUGUGGACGCUCAAGGCCUGAGAUGCCAACUUUGUCAAGGUCAAUCAAGCCCAAAUCGAGUUCAAUCUCAUUUAGGCAAUGGCUAGUAGUAGAAGGAUCUGUCUAGCUUUUAGCUUUUUUAAUGUUACAAAAUUACUUCACGCAAAAUGGUUAAUUGGUUUUAGCUUUGAUGCUUCUAGCUUUUCAUUUUUUGCAGCAAUUAUUUUACUUUCUUCAUCAAUUUGUUACAUGGCUGGUAAAGAAAUGGUGAAGCUGUCGUGAAGCUAUCAUGGUAUGAAAGUGCCGUCUUAUGUAGCAUCAUUAGUUUAACAUGAAGAAAUCCCCAAAGAUUAACCCUUGAGAUAUGCAUAAGCUUAGGCUUUAGCUUUCUGUUUGUACAAUUAUUAUCUCAUGCACAAGAUAAAUUAGUUAAUUAUUC